AUGGAGGUGUGUCUACCCCACAAAAUAAGAAAGAGGGAGUACCUCAGACCCAAAGAGGAACCUCAAGGAAAAGCGGAAGGGGAAACGUGGGCUAUCAGUAGAAAAGCCAAGAGGGCCAUGAUUGCAGAAGCUAAAAAGGAGGCAGAGAAAUCUACAAUAGAGAAACCUAUAUCCUCUCCCCAAUCCAAACCAGCCAAACCGGCAAGAUCGGCUGGAAAGAAGAGAGAGCCGCGAACGGCAGCGGUAACGGUGACGUGUCCUCCCGGGACUUAUGAAAAGAACCUCAGGAAGGCACGUCAGAAGAUGGAGAAGAAGGGAAUAAACUUAGAAGGGGCUAAAAUAAGAAGGGAAGUCACUGGCUCCUACGUCUUUGAAAUCCCGGGGGUCAAUAAACAAGAGAGAGCCGAUAAGUUCGCUCUCAGAUUAAGAGAGGCCUUUAAAGGCAAAGAGGGCGUUAAAGUACAGCGCCCUACCAAAAUGACGAAAAUACGACUCCGGGGGCUCAAUGAGUCGAUAAGAGCCCCCGAAGUAGUGAAAGCCAUAGCCACCGCUGGUGACUGUUAUGAGGAGAAAGUCCACCUGGGGGAGAUUCGUAAAACCCCAGCUGGAGUUGGUAUGGUGUGGACCCGCUGCCCGCUCAAGGCAGCGAACACAAUUAUAAAGACGGCCCAAAUAAAAAUAGGAUGGGCGGUGACACGAGUGGAAAUAUUACAGACGCGACCCCUCCAGUGCUACAAAAGUCUGGAAGGGGGACACGUGAGGGCGAGAUGUCCCAAUACCGUAGACCGCAGCGACGUAGACCCCGACACCAUGGAGGUGUCGGGCUUGGAGUGCAAGGUUCAAGAAAAAGAUAACCUGUGA